AUGGAUUCAAGAGGGCAGGACGACGAGACGCGACAAUUACGGCGAAAACCGGUCCCCUCGUACGUUCCGCCGCUUGGGUACGACGAGGCCCUGCUGCUCUCAUCUGCCCAUACCCACGUUUAUGAUUGGGAUCAGGAGCCCGAGUCCACGGCACGCCCUUCCGACGAGCCGCGAAGCACGGAGAUUGGGAGAGAUCUGCCCUCCAAGUCGACCUUUGCGAGCGGUGAAACGGAAUACGAGCUGGUGAAGACGUCGAGCGCCGAGAAGACGAGGAACAACAUGAGACGGCCUCCGCGACGGCGAUGGCAAAUCCUGAAAGGGUGGUGGCCAGAGAUUAUAUGGUGCUUGAUCAGCGUUGUAUGCAUCAUUGUUCUCGUCACGGUGCUGAGGUCGUACGAUAAUCAGCCACUGCCAAACUGGCCACUUGGUCUGACGCUCAACACCGUUGUUGCCUUCAUCUCCACAUUCUGUCGCACCUCUUUCGUUCUCCCAGUCGUCGAAAGUCUGUCGCAGUACAAAUGGAACUGGUACAAGUCGCCGAGGCCAUUGGGCGAUUUUGCCGUCUUUGAUGAAGCCAGCCGCGGGCCGUGGGGCAGCUUGAAGCUCCUGCUCAGGACGAAGGGCCGAUAUUGA